AAAACGAGUAUCCGUUGCCUCUCAUGACUUCUGCCUUUGACUCACUCCAGGGUUCCAGUGUGCGCCCAGAAUAAAAGCUCCAAUCAACCAAGCUCCGGCCUGCUGCAUCCAAUGCCCAUACUGUGCCAGCCUUGGUCCCAUCUAGCCUUGGACUUCGUUACUGGCCUGCCUCCCUCUGACGGUAAGACAGUCAUCCUCACAGUGGUUGACUGUUUUAGUAAAUCUGUGCUCUUCUUAUCUCUGCCUAAGUUAGCGCCAGGGAGAUGUCAGAGGUUCUGGUGAGGGAGGUGUUCCGCCUCCACCUACCAGUUGACAUUGUGUCGGAUCGGGAUCCUAGUUUGUGUUAGCUACAGUGUGAAACCAAACCAAAACUAACUAAGUAUUUUGGUCAUCAGUUACUUUAGCAUGUUAGACUUAGUUUAAAGUCAGAAAAUAUAUAUAUUUUCCAACUAGUUUUUAUGUUGCUGAAAGCCACGAUGCAGUUUUCUGAUGUUUUUGGUUACUCCAAACCCACAGGCACGCCUGGGAGAGAAAAUAUGCCGUUCUCUGAAUGUGCAGAUUUGGAAUUGUAACUGCCCAGAGGAAUGGCAAGCAUUAUUACAGAAACACAACACAAUCAAGUUAAGAUAGAAGUGCUCAUUUACUUUAGUCAAAACCAGGUAAUCAGUCAGAACAGGCAAAUAUGUACAGGUAUGGGUCAGGCAGAGAAUCAUCAGGUUGAGGAACAGGCAAAUGAUCAGGCAGGCAGAGACCAAAGGCUGGAAAGCUAAAAUGGAUGCAAACGAGUCAAUCAGGCAGACUAAAAGCUGGCUGUAAUUAUGAGGAGCUGUUAAGUCAACAUGUUUAAUGCAGCAUGAACUACGUGCAGUAUCUUGUUCUUUUGAUUACCAUGCUGUGUGUCAUAAGCUGUUGUGACGUCUGUUGAGAUAAUUUGUAAAUAUUUAGAAUGUUUCCAGGCAAAGGAGGCUCAAGCAAACAUUGCCCAUCCUCCGAUACACUUUAAAUGAACUCUGCAACAAAGUUGCCACCUCAAUGAAUCAAUAUUGUGAAACCAUACACAGAUAUAGUUGUGUUUUAGUUUCAAUCUGUGUACUCAUUCAUAUUAAUGCCAGUCUUAAACAUAGCAUGCUCGGGUGUAACUGUAGUAAUGAGGUAGUGUUUGAGAGACUGGAGAAAAUUUCUGUCUUCACUCUGGACAGAUGUAAGUUUUGGCACACACACACACACACACACACACACACACGAGAUGGAUUUAUAAGGAUUUAAAGGCUUUGCCGGUUAAGAAGCAUCAGUGUGUGUGUGUUGCAUGAAUGAGAAGGGAGGGAGAUGUGUUUGUCUUAAUGAAUGAAUGUCUCUCUCUCUCUCUCUCACACACUCUCUCUCUCUCUCUCUCGUUCUCUCUCUGUGUGGGCUGUGUGUAAACUUUCACAUGUUACCGAUGCUGCUUACACACGGCUGAGCUCAAUGAUGGCAGAGAAGAUAUAAAACUUCAAGAAUAAGAACAAGAGUCUGAUUGAAUCUACUCCGGAUGUCAACACACACUUUUAUGAACAAAUGGAUGUUUCCCGACUUCUCUUCUUCGUCUUCAUGGUGAUAACUAGAGCUGAAUGUUCAGAGACAGACAAGUCCCAAUGUAUGGACUCUGACAAGGAGUCAUUCAACCUUCUUGAAGGUGAAGCAUUUUAUUUUCUGCCCCUGGAUCUGCCUGACAACAACUUCACUGAUGAAGAAUUCAAAUGGUACAAAAAUACCUCCAGUUUCACAGACAACUCCAGUAUUGAGGAAAUCUCUACUAACGACAGUGAGCCGGUACAUUACCACGGUGGCGCAUUAUUUUUCUUAAACCUCCUCACUGAGAAUUCUGGCUUUUACACUGCCCGGCACAUAAAACCAUCAGGACAGUGUCAUCGCUAUCAUGUACGAAUUUACGUCGUCAAAACUAAAAAUGACUCAGCACUGCUUUAUGGACAAAUCAAUAACUCUGACUGGAACAAAAGGGUCCCAUGUCCAAAACCUGUCAUGGAGAUAUGUGAAAUUAUGAAAGGAGAAUUCACCUGGUACAAGGACUUCGUUUUUCUUGAAGGUGACAAUAAAGCUGACCUGAGGAUUAACAAUGCAACCAAAGAUCACGAGGGCAUCUACACUUGCACUUGUACCUGGACACACAAUCACAAGGUGUACAACUCGUCAGGCUCCAGGAGGUUAAUAGUUAAAGAGCAAUCUAUUCACCGUGACCCAGAAAUCCUCUCCGCACUAGGCGAGCAGUAUGCUGAUGAAGGCUUUGGGAUCAAGCUGAACUGCUCAGUGUUGUGCGGGACUAAUGUUAAACCUCACUGUAAAGCUAGCUGGAAUUUUAGUGGAAUCCCCAAACAGACCGAUGGACACAAUCAAACCACAGAAGUGGCCAUGAUGGGCCCUUCAAAGAAUACCAUCUCCACUGCAAUCCUGACCAUUGAAAAAGUGUCUGCUAGAGAUUUCCAGGCUAAAUUUGAAUGCAUCGGCAGGGGCUUCUACAAAUCGGUGUCUGGCAUUGUAACUCUUAAGAGGAGAGAGUCAAUAAUUCCAGUGGUCACUGGCGGAUUGUGUGUGUUGUUCUUCUGUGUGUUUGCUGCCAUGCUGGUCAAGUGCUUCGCUAUCGACCUCGCUCUCUUCUUUAGACCCUACUUCCCACUAAGCAGUCACAAUAUAGGUAAGGCAUCAUGUUGGGGCUGAAGACUACAAGUCUGAAAAU